ACGCAAUAGUUAAAUAUUGUUGUAUAUAAAGAUUUAAUGCACAUGUUAUAUUUGUGAAAGUUUGUGAAGCAUAACCACAUCCUGGUAUAUUUUGUUUUGAUAGAAGGAUUAUUUAUCAUCGGAAUGGCGACCGAAAAUUUUGAGUUUCCUUGGCAGUACAAAUUCCCUCCGUUUUUCACAAUACAGCCAAAUUUGGAGACUCGGAAGAAGCAGUUGGAGGCGUGGUGUUCAUUGAUAAUAGAUUACCAGAAACAUGCGAGGAGCUACAGACUAGAUGUCACAGAAGCUCACAACUCACCACUCUUCCACAACAAGUCUAUCAAUCGUAAGCUGUCACAAGAUGAGGUGUAUAUUAUUUUAGAAGAACUUCGCAAACGAGGACAUAUAGAGUGGCAGGACAAGACUAAGAAACAAUGUUUGGUCAUGUGGAGAACACCGGAGCAGUGGGGAAAGCAGAUCUACAAAUGGAUCUCGGACAACAGCAUGACCAACACAGUGUGUACGUAUUACGAAAUCACUGAAGGGGACGACAGCAAGGGGCAAGAAUUCCAUGGUCUGGAAAAAUGGCUUCUCGUCCGAGCGCUUCAAACUCUACAAUCUCAGGGGAAAGCAGAACUCAUCUCAGCUGGAGGAACCGAAGGGGUCAAAUUCUUCUGAUAGACAGGUUUCCUCUCUAGUGUAUCUGUGGUGACAUGGGUUAAUCGACAUGGCUGUAAUUGCGGAUGCUCGAGCUGGCACAGUUGUUGAUUGGCCAUGUGAAUCGUGCGGUCUUCAUCACUGAGUUACCGGUGGCGCAGUGAUUAAGACAUCAGACAUGAGGCUGGUAGGUGCCGGGUUCGCAUCCCAGUACCCGCUCCUAAUUCAAAGUAUACUUUUGUGGCUCAGUGGAUAGUUGGUUGUAUGGCCACUCUGCAGAUUUCUGUACUCACUAGCCACUCACAACUGAUGCCUGUCCUGGACUAAUGGCACAGAUAGCUUGAGCAGUGUUCGACAAAUGUUUGAGAAAGUCCCUAGCCCUCAGAGAAGCUUUGGCUGGUGCCCUACAUGUAUGUUAUAUAGUAAUACAGUUGAUAAUUUCCACUAGCCCAGGACAAAAAUUCACUAGCCAGAACGUACGGCUAGUUGAUUUUUCGAACCCUGAACUUAAGGUGUGUGCCAGGGACAGCAUACUUGAACCGUAAUUGGAUAUUCAUCUAAAAAAUCAAGAUAAAAAUGAAAUCAAAAUUUCUCUUGCCAAAAGAUGAAGACUUUUAAUGUGGUUUGUGAAAUUUUUCGGUCUAAAAAUGGACCGCUUUUUAUAGACCGCUGUUUCAAACCCUGCCUGGACAGGUAGCUGAGGUGUAUAAUUAUAUGCCCUGGGUCAUGUUUUACGAAGCAUUCUUAGUGCUAAGAUAGGUGGCAUGUAGCCCAGUGGUUAAGCGCUCGCCUAGUGCGCAGUCAGUCUGGGAAGGAAGGAAGGAAAUGUUUUAUUUUACGACACACUCAACACAAAUGCAAAAAAAUGAAAUGCAGUAUUUGCAUGUCAGUGGACUGAUAGACGAUUGAGACUUUUUAAUGCAAUUUGUUUAAUUUUUAACCAACAAUAUUCUGUGUUUUUAAAACUAAAUUCUAGACUCCGGCCUGCUAGGUACUGUGUGUGUAUCACCAUACAAGAUUCAAUUUCAUUUCAGAAUAAGUACACUGUUCAUAAAGAGCGUGUAAGGCCACUUUUGUGGCUUGUGCAAAUAUACAUUCAGGUCUUCAUAACCCACCCAGGUUUGCAUAACCCACCCAGGUUUGCAUAACCCACCCAUUAUGUCCAUGAAAAUAAUGUCCUAAAUUUAAUUUGCGAACACAAAUAGUUCAUGUAAAAUCAUAGGCGUACGGGCUUCAUUUUUUGCUCGCAUUAAAUAAAACUGUUCGAAUCUGAAUAACAGCGUUUUUUCCUAUUAGCAGUACUGCCAAACAGCUAUAUAGGGUUAUAAUUAAAUUUCUGUUACAUUCAUUUCCGCACAUCACGUCGUCGGGGAACAUGAUAUCUGAUGACGUCAUUUUAUAUGACCAAGUUGUCUUAUUGAGCGUUAUUGUUUAUCUAACAAAAAUAAUUCAGAAUAAAGUAUGAAGUUUUAAUGUUAUUAUUAGCAAGUAUGAUUCAAAUUUAAUUAUAAGUAUUGUUGGUUAUUUUUUUUUAAUGUUCAUCUGGGUACGAAUAACAACAAAGAAUCAUCCGCAAACUUAUAUGAGAACGGCUUUGCCGAUUCAUACAGUUAACAGAUGAUUUGUUUGUUCAUACCUCGAUGAACGUAAAAGAAAUAACAGACAAUCCUUAAGUAAACGAAUCACUACGCAUUUUUACGUGAAUUACAACUAAUUUUGAGGGUUGAAUGGUGGACAUACAUGGUAAAAAGGCCUCAGUUUAGCACUUUUUCACCGAAUAUCUCUAUCUUUUUGCCCAAAUUUGAGGAUUUGCUCCAGCACUAGGGUGUGGGGGUACGCGUAUGUGCAAAAUUAGAUUUGUGUUAACAAUGCAUAAAUAAAGUGAUCAUUCUUA